AUGAGAUUAGAGUUUAGAAAAUCAGAAAAAGAAAACAAAAAAGAAGUGUGUGUGCGCGCUGUAGGUGUGUGAUGGACAGGUCAGCGGUGUGGGCGGAGCCUGUGCAUAGGUGCAUGCUGGUCCUGACGUGUGUGCUCCUGCUGUCUGAGGUCAUCGCUGGACAUCUCUGUAACUCCCUCAUUAACAUGGUGGACAGCUUCCACACCCUCUAUGUCCUCAUUGGCAUGACUUUCUCCUCACGAGGUGCUCAGGAGAACCCCGGCGUCUCCACACAACCCCAGGGUGUGUCGUAUCCCGACUCUGGCACUGUGGAGAACCUCCCGUCUCCGCUCUCUGAUGGAGCUCAGUACGCUCGGUUCCGUGUGCAGCCGCUCAGAGGUCUGAUCUCAGCGCUGCUGCUCUGCUCCCUGUCUGCAUCCAUCAGCUUCAGUAUCCUCAGCGACAUGCUGCAGCCUCACCCCAUACAGCGCCCUCUGCUGGCCAUGACUGUAGGUGCACUCAGUCUGCUGUUUAAUCUUCUGCUGCUGGUGUGGAGAAGACCGAGACAAACACAUGCAGGAGGCAAAGAGCUCAGAAAAGGUGGGACAGAAACUCCUUCAAAUCCAACAGGUUCUCCUCACGGUGGUGUGCUGAUGUUCUGUAAACCCGAAGCAUCCAGCAUUCUCAAUCCAGACUCUCAGGAUCACACCAUUCAUCCUCAGUCCAACUCCAUUUCCCAUGAUCCCACUCACACAGAAAUGGAAGAGUCGAAGUGCAGCUGCAGCAGCUCAGGCCACGCUGCAGGUCAGCAGUGUGAGGCGAGGGAGUGUAUCAGGAGCAUCAUCGCAGUGUUCCGCAGCCUCCUGAGUUCUACUCUGGUUCUGCUUAAUGGAGUCCUUUAUCUUCUCUGCGUGAGGUUUCAGUGGCGCUGUGACGUGACCCUGUACCUGGACCCGGCGUUCUCCAUGCUCACUGUGCUGGUUCUGUUAGCAGCGGUGGUUCCUGAACUCUGUCGUUACAUCUUUCUCCUGCUCCAGGCGCCUCCAUCAGACCUGUGCAUGGAGGAGCUGAGGGUGGAGCUCAGGCGUGUCCCCGGUGUGUUAGCCGUGCACGAGCUCCACGUGUGGCAGCUCUUUGAGACAUGCGUCGUGGCCUCUGUGCACGUUCACUGGCCCUCGGGUCUGAGCACACGCGAGUGUUCUCAGCUCCUGCAGCGCAUCACAGACGUGUUGAGGAGGUUCGGGGUGAAGCGCUGGACUGUACAGCCCGAGUUCCUGACCUCUCACCUCGAGGACGCUGCAUUCCAACCAGACUGCAGUCUGCGCUGUGGGAAAGAGUGUGUGAUGAAGAUGUGCUGUUUCCCUCCAGAGGAAUGUUUCAGCUCCACAUCUGUCCACAACAAGGAUCAGGACAUCAUCAUUCAGAGCACACACCUCUAA